AUGUGCCGCCGCUUAAGCUUGGAUGGUGACGUCUCCCCCGCCUUCGAAGACCUCCUGGGGGAUUCAUCUUCACCUCGACUCAGAAUUAGUGCUGACUAUGCAUACAGCAAGCAUCCCAUAGACGAUGAAAUUGUCGCUCACCUACUCCCCUGUGGACACAAUCUCCAUGACUCCUGCCUGCGACCUUGGGUCGAACGAGCCAACAGCUGCCCCAUCUGUCGCGCAAGCUUCAAUGUCGUCGAACUACGCAACUUUCUCGAUGGCCCGGCCCAUUCUUCUUACAUUGUCGAGGAGAAACAACAGCAAGCCGAAGUCGACCCCACCUUGAUCAUCGACGACUCAUUGUUCGACGAAGACGCUCCAUGCCUCGUUUGUGGUAAUAUCGACAGCACCCACGCAACCAUGUAUUGCGAUGGAUGUGAUGGCACCGUCCAUAUCUUCUGCGCUGGCUUUAGCGACGCCACCGCUCCAGACGUCUGGUACUGCGAGUCCUGUCACCGAGAGCUGGGCACCAACGCUACUGGUCGCAGAGCCAACCCGCGGGCACGGAGUUCGAGACCCAGAAGAGCAGGAGGUAGACGGCCUGGUACAGAAGCAUGGGAUAGAGUCUGGGCAAGCGUCUGGCGCCGGUUGAACCUGGACCUCGACUUUCCUCAUGAAGAUGAAGACCUCACAACCAUCCAUCGUACUCCGGCUCAACGCAGAGAGCUUGCAGCCUGGACUCGCAGGCUCCAAGUUGCUAGUCGUCAAGGUGGUGCAAAUCGCUUCAGGGAUACUGCGUCCACCCUACUGGACCGAAGGAACCUUGCCGCCGCACACUCGCCAGAGUCGCAAGAAGAACUACGCGCUUGGAAUGCGCUUGACAAGGCCCGCGCGCUUGACCCGGAAGCACAAGCACCGCCUAGCAGAAAGCGCAGAUCCGCUACUGCCUCUCCGGCGUCUCCCCGAGACAAUACAACAGAGCGCGAGCAAGCCGAGCCUCCGCGCAAGCUCAAACGACCCAGGACCAAGAGAAACAUGACGAUCCCAACCCUAGCAGAACCAGGUCCAUCUACUAUCGAAGUCCCUGUGCGCCCGAUACAGAAGCCUACCGAAGGACCGAGUUUCCUUACUCAGCUUCUUCAAGAAGUAGAGAAACAGCCAGCACCUGAAGAAACAAGUACACCGGAUGCUGAAGCCAAUUCUGGCGACGAGCAGCCCGGACCAUCCAACCUGGCUUCACCAGGAGCAUCUCCCAUCCACUCUGGCCAAGUCUCUCCCCGCGCAUUAUCCGUCACACCUCCGCCUCAACCUGCGCGCCCCAGACCAACCUCACCCAUGCCUCUCACGUCUAUUGUCCGACCNCUUGCUUCACCUACCUUUUCUCCUACGAUGAACGGUAAGGAUGAGCGAGGCAGAUCACAUCGACGUCUCCAACAACAAGUCAGCAGCCCUCCGAGAGAUAUCUCGCCUGGUUCUCCAUCUCGUAACAUGUCCUACUCGACCAAGACCGAGAUUCAGCGCAUGGUCAAAGCUGUCCUUGGCCCUCGUUAUCGUGGAGGCGAAAUAAACAAGGACCAGUAUACUGACAUUAACCGGGAUGUGUCUCGUAUGCUCUACGAGAAGGUCGGCGAUGCUGAAGGUUUGGCCGCGCAAGAUGGCCGCGAGAAAUGGCAGGAAGUGGCUUCGGCCGAAGUUGAGCGAGCAGUUCAAACGAUUCGCUUGCAGGAGCAAAACUCGGAGACGUUCUCACAAGAGGUUUAG